AUGGCGUUGUUUAAAAGGGCAGCGAUGCCUUCCCUUCGCUUCUCUCCGGGGGUCACAGCAUCUAUCAUCAGCAUUCGCAGAGCUUCCUCAAUGGCCCCUCCAAAGCUCAACGAUCCUUCUCUGUUCAAGCAGAAUGUCUGCUAUGUCAAUGGCGAGUGGCGGGCCGCCAAGUCCGGCAAGACCUUCAAGGUGAAUGACCCUUCGACAGGUGAAUUCGUCGGAACCAGCCCCGAAUUCGACGUAACAGACACCAACUCGGCUAUCCUCGCCGCCGCCGACGCCUUCCCGUCCUUCCGCGCAAAGACCGGCCGCGAGCGCGCAAAGCUGCUACGAAGAUGGUUCGACGAGCUCAAUGCCAACGCCGAAGACAUCGCCAAGCUCAUCACAUGGGAGAACGGCAAGCCGAUCAACGAUGCCAAGGGCGAGUCGGCCUACGCCGCCAGUUUCCUCGAGUGGUUCAGCGAGGAGGCGCCUCGCAUCUACGGCGACACCAUCAACAGCUCCAACCCCUCCAACCGCAUCAUAACCGUCAAGGAGCCCGUGGGCGUCUGCGGUCUGAUCACGCCGUGGAACUUCCCCGCCGCCAUGAUCACCAGGAAGGUUGCCCCCGCGCUGGCGGCGGGCUGCACGGUGGUCUGCAAAGCUCCAGCCGAGACCCCGUUCACGGCUCUUGCGCUGGCCGAGCUAGCCCACCGGGCUGGCAUCCCCAAGGGUGUUGUCAACAUCGUCACGGCGCUUGACAACACGAUCGAGAUCGGAAAACUGCUCACCACCUCCCCAACCAUCAAGAAGGUCUCAUUCACCGGGUCGACUGGUGUGGGCAAGAUCCUGAUGAAGCAAUCAUCCGACACUCUUAAGAAACUCUCCAUGGAGCUUGGUGGCAAUGCGCCAUUCAUCGUGUUUGACGAUGCCGACGUGGAUGCCGCGGUGGCCGGGGCUAUUGUCUCCAAGUUCCGCUCGUCAGGCCAGACCUGCGUCUGCGCCAAUCGCCUCUACGUUCAAUCUGGUAUUUAUGACCAGUUCAUCCAGAAGUUCACCGAAGCGGUCAAGUCUUUCUCCGUCGGCAAUGGCUUCGACGAGGGCAUCACCCAUGGCCCUCUAAUCCACGACCGUGCCGUCGACAAGGUCGACUCCCAUGUCCGGGAUGCCGAGAAGAAGGGUGCCACCGUCACCAUCGGUGGCCAGAAGCUUCCUAACCUUGGUAUCAACUUCUUCCAACCCACGGUCAUUCGCGACAUGACUGUUGAUAUGGCCAUCGCCACCGAAGAGACCUUUGGUCCUGUCGCAGGAGUUUUCUCCUUCGAGACGGAAGCUGAAGUCGUCGGCUUAGCGAACCAAUCCGAUGUUGGUCUGGCAGGUUACUUCUUCUCUCGUGACAUUUCUCGGGUGUUCCGAGUCGCGGAGGCUCUUGAAGUCGGCAUGAUUGGUGUCAACACUGGAAUCAUCUCAGACCCGGCUUCGCCGUUUGGCGGUGUCAAGCAGAGCGGUUUCGGUAGGGAAGGGUCCAAGUACGGUCUGGCCGAGUUCCAAACGAUCAAGUCAGUCACAUUUGGCGAUAUGGGCAAACCUUUACAAGGCAAGCUGCGAGCUAUCCCAGCCGCAUCAUGGCGAGCCUCAGUAGCUUCUAGCUCCCCCGCCUACCAGGCCUCCCCCCUCGCUCCCACACGCUUCUUCAGCGCCUCCCAGCAACUCCAGAAGAAGCGCAAGAUCGCCGCCCCCAAGGGCUCCCGCUCCGAUGAAGCGGCCGUCGAGGAUGCCCCCCCCUCCUCCGGCAAGCGAAAGGGCGGCGCCGCCCCCUCCACCCCCAGCGACGCCGCAGCCGAGGAAGUCGACCCCCUCGACUUCACCGCGCUGAUCAGCGCCUUCGGGCCCAUCGACUUCCACUUCAAGGCCCAGCUCCAGGCCCUCUCCCACGGCGGCCGCUUCAACCCCACCAACCUCGGCGCCCUCACCGUCCACGUCACCUCCCACGCCAUGGCCGACGACGCCAGCGGCGUCAUGACCACCGUCGCCGAGGACUUCCCCCUCUCCGAGCUCGCCCAGAUCGUGCCCCGCUCCGGCCGCACCAUCUCCCUGCUCGUCCACGACCGCAGCUACAUCAAGCCCAUCAUGUCCGCCGUCCAGGCCUCCCCCGACUACAACCAGCAGCCCCAGCGGUCCGAGGACAACGACCUCGAGCUGCUGCUCAAGGUCGAGAUGGAGCGCAAGGAGGACGUCGCCCGCCGCGUCAAGGAGGCCACGCAGGUCUGGCGCGAGCGCGUGCGCGCCGCGAGGACCAAGCACGAGAAGCAUAUCAAGGACUGGCAGAAGAAGAAGACCAUCACGACCGACUUGGCGAGGAAGGCGGACAAGGAGCUCCAGAAGCUCCAGGACAAGAAGAUGAAGGAGAUUGAUGGCGAGGAGGCCAAGGCGAUUUCGUCGCUGUAG